AUGGACAGCUGCACCGUCGGCUGGAUCUGCGCCCUCCCCCUCGAAAUGGCCGCCGCGAGGGCCGUCCUGGACGAAGACCGCGGACGCCCGCUCGAGCAAGCCGUCUCUGAUCGAUACAACUACCGACUGGGCCGCAUCGGCGAGCACGACGUGCUGAUCGCCUGUCUGCCUGCGGGCGUGUAUGGGACCACGUCGGCCGCGUCGGUGGCCGUCCAGAUGCUGGCAAGCUUCCCGUCCAUCCGGAUCGGGCUGAUGGUUGGCAUUGGUGGUGGCGUGCCAAGCGAGGAGAUCAAUCUUCGCCUGGGCGAUGUCGUGGAGACGGCGAAGAAGCAUCCGCGCAUGCAGCAGGAGUUCUGCCGCUCGCCGGGAGCGGAGAAUGAUCAGCUGUUUGAAGCAGACUAUGUCCACCCCCCUGAGAACAAGACGUGCGCGUCUUGCGAUUCCACAAAGCUGAAGGACCGACCAGCCCGGGCUGUGGACGGACCACAGGUGCAUUACGGGCUGAUCGCGUCAGCCAACCAGGUCAUGAAGGACGGUCUCACGCGCGACAGGCUGGCCAAGGAGCUGGGAGUGAUCUGCUUCGAGAUGGAGGCCGCAGGGCUGAUGGACCAUUUCCCCUGUCUCGUCGUCCGGGGGAUCUGCGACUAUGCCGACUCGCACAAGAACAAGCACUGA